AUGGGCAAACGCAAGGUCGCAGCUCUCGAGAAGGUCGACGCCGACUUCGCGAGCCUCCAGUACAAGAUCCGCCGCGACCCCAACUCGUACGAGGACAACUUCCUCCAGCAAUGGGGCCAGUACGAGAGUCAACGUGAGGUCUUCCUCGUCUCCCCCACGACCGCGACCCCUGAGUACACCGAGUCCUUCCACAACCUUGUCGAUCUCAUCGCACACGUCGCCGACUGCUACCCUCAACAUGCCGAGGCCUUUCCCGGUGAUCUGAAGGCCAUCCUGCUGCAGCACCACGAGGUCAUCGACUCGACUCAGCUGCUAACCACGCUCUUCCCCAUCCUCGUCUCGUCGCCGAGCAAGUCCCUUCGAACGCUGCUGUUCCAAAAGAUCCUCGGCGACCUACGCAACGCAAACUCAAAAUCGACGAACCACCCUCUCAACCGCACUAUUCAGACCGUCCUCUACAACCUCAUUACUGCUAACCGCGCCUCCCCCAAGGCCGUCUGGGCCGUCAAAUUGACGCGCGAGCUGUGGAAGCGCCAGGUCUGGACCGACGCUAAGACUGUCGAUGUUAUGAAGGAGGCCUGUCUCUCCGACAACGAGAAGGUUGUCGUAGGCGCCGUGCGCUUCUUCCUCGGCGGCGAUAAGGAGCGCGAGGAGCUCGAGGACGAUAGCAGCGACGAGGAGGCCAUCGACCUGCAAAAGAUGAAGCACCAGAUCGACAUCAACAAAAAGUCCAAGAAGAAGGCCAACGCCUACCGCAAGGCUGUCACCAAGAUCCACAAGCAGGAGCGUGGCAAGGAGAAGCCGCACCCGCUCAACUUCUCUGCCUUUCACCUGCUCCACGACCCCCAGGGCUUUGCCGAGCAGGUCUUCCAGAAGCACCUCCAGAGCACGAAGACCAAGAUGGUCCUCGAGCACAGGAUCCUCGUGCUGCAGCUGGAGUCCGUAACGUCCUUCCUCGCCUGCCUCGCCCAGGCCACCCACAACCUCGUGCCGCCCGACUGUCUGGAGCCCCUCGUGCAGAAGAUUGCCAACGAGUUCGUUUCCGAGGCCGCUGCUGGUGAGGUCGCCGCCGCUGGCCUGAACGCCAUCCGGGAGAUCUGCGCCCGCCAGCCCCUCGCAAUGGAGGACACCCUGCUGCAGGACCUCGUGCAGUACCGCAAGAGCAAGGACAAGGGCACCAUGAUGGCUGCUAAGGGCCUGCUGUCGCUGUUCCGUGAGGUCGGCGCCGACCUGCUGGCCAAGAAGGACCGCGGCAAGGACGCGACGAUCGGUCUCAAGACUGGCGAGGUCAGGAAGAAGCGCUUCGGCGAGCAGGAGGCCGGCGGCAUCGAGGGCCUCGAACUACUAGAGCAGUGGAAGGAAGAGCAGAGGAAGGCCAAGCGCGCGGCCAAGGGUCUGCCUGAGGAGGUCGGCGAGGAUGAGAAGGAGGACGAGGACGACGGCUUUAACUCGGAUGACUGGGAUGUCGAGUCGGUCGACAGCGACGAUUCCGGCGGCUGGAUCGCCGUCAGCUCGGAUGAGGAGGAGGAGGACGAGCCUGCGCCGAAGAAGCGGAGAAAGAGCACAGCCGAUGACGAGGAGGCAGACGCCGACAAGGAAGGCGACGACGAAAAGGACGGCGAAGAUGUCGAGAGCGAGGUGCAAAGGAUAUCCAAGCUUGCGACAACGUCAAUCCUGACGCCGGCGGAUCUCCAGAAGCUGCAGGAGCUGCGCAUGGAGGCCAGCGUCAACAAGGCCAUAGGCACCAAGUCCAACAGGUCCAAGAAGCUUGAGGAGGCGCUCGCACGACACAUCGACGACGGUCUGACGGCGGAGCAAAUUGAGGCGCCCGCGCGCCUUCGCAAAACGACCAAGGAAGAGCGCGUCGCCCUGGCCAAAGAGGGUAAGCCCGAGCGCGGCGAGCACAAGAGCACCCAGGCCAUCAGACGGUCCAAGAAGGAUGCCGAGGGCAAGAGUACGACAAACAAGGAGAAGGCCAGACAGAAGAACUUCCUCAUGACCCUCAACAAGGCCAAGUACAAGCAGAAGAGGAGUCUGGCUGCGCCCCUCCGAUUAUUAUAA